UGCGAAUCGAAUCCGAGAACUGCCCAGCCCGUCAUUCCCGUAUCCGUAUCCGUCCCGCUUCCUCGGCGAAGAUAACACCGACUUAAGUGCUAUCGGAUGUUGAUGCUAAUUAUAGCAGUUCUACUGCUGUGGUGGCUGAAUCCGCCCAUACGACAUCCAUUCACUGCCAUUUGAUCAGUAACAGUCUCUAACGUUAUCACUGCACUUCCACUAUCUCCAGCACUCGUUUUACACCUGAAGCACGAUGCCUACUCGACCAGCACCAUCGUUGCCCCCUUCUUACCGUUCCGACUAUCGCGAGCGCUCUCCGUCCCCAGUAUGGGAUGCUAGUGGACGUGUGCCCACGUCCUACAACUCUUACCGUAACGACAGGAGUCCUGAUAUCGAGGAUGGCGAGCCAGAAUUUUACACACCUCACACUGCCAACGAUCGUCAAUACUCCGACACCAUCCCACUACGAGCACCGUCAACCUCAACACUACCAUUAGCUGGUCCACCACCACCCAAAGCAAGAGGAAACGUACAAUUCGUGUCUCCGGUGGCGGAGACUGGGAAGCAACGACAAGCGAGGAAUAAGUGGCUAACAAAACCAUGGUUUAUCUGGUUCGUGAGUUUGGUCCAGCUUAUCGUCUUUAUCGUCGAAAUCAUCAAGAACGCUCAGUUUACUGGUUCACCGAUUGAGAUUAAACCGUCGUUCAAUCCGCUAAUCGGGCCAUCGUCGUAUACUCUCAUACACCUCGGCGCACGUUUUGCACCGUGCAUGCACACGAUCGCAAGUAUUACAGACGAUUCAAGUUUGGGGUGGCCAUGUGUCAAUGAUACAAGCUCUACUCCUUUGAAUCAGUGCUCGCUUGAGCAAUUAUGUGGGAUGGGCGGGUUCAAGACCGACUUGCAGCCGGAUCAGUGGUGGAGGUUCAUCACACCCAUGUUCCUGCACGCAGGAAUUCUGCACAUCUUGUUCAACCUUCUUCUACAACUUCGUAUGGGUGCGGAUAUGGAACGUUCGAUUGGUCCUCUGCGUUUGGUUCCGAUCUAUCUUGCUUCUGGUAUCUUUGGGUUCGUCCUUGGUGGGAACUUUGCCGCGGACGGAACGGCGUCUACGGGAGCGUCCGGUGCGUUGUUUGGUGUGAUCGCUUUGACGCUCCUUGACCUUUGUAUGGAAUGGAAACGAUACGAGAGACCGGGUCGUGCACUGAUUUUCUUGCUCAUCGAGAUUGCGGUGUCCUUUGGGUUGGGAUUGUUGCCUGGCUUGGACAACUUCUCACAUAUCGGUGGGUUCGUAAUGGGUUUGCUUCUGGGUCUUGCGCUGUUGCGUACACCGUCUCGGUUCACGGAUGAGUACACUCAGACACCCUAUGCGCCUGUGACCAACCGACGCCUUCCUCGCCUCACGAACCGCUCGAAGGGGUGGUGGUUGUGGAUCCUGGUACGCGUGGUAGGCUUGGUAGGAAGUGUCGUCCUGAUGGCGGUGCUCAUCAACAACUUCUACAAUGGCGGAGGGCAUUGUAGUUGGUGCAAGUAUUUGAGUUGUGUGGGGAGCUGGUGUGAUGACGGUGUUAUCUCGACAACGACGACUGGAUCGUCGUAGGUUUUUCUUCUUGGCUACGAUGUCUACAGGCGGUGCGUACGAUUAGAAUGAGCAACACAUGUGGAAGUAGGUCGCUGGUGACAAUACCGGAGUGUGUGCACGAUUUUGGUCUUAGGUCUUGGGCAGAACAAUCAUGACUUGACCUACCGGUAUGUUUGAUUAAAGUCAAUUCCUAGGCUAGUCCAUUCUAUCCAGGGUCAUCUCCCCUUCAGCGUUGGAAAGAAUCCUAUGGUAUUGUACCGCAGCCGGUACAUAGUAGCGCCAAGGCCAGAAUUGAAAAGAUAUGUAACCAAUUGGCUAUACCAAAGUCACAUGAUUCAAGUUCAUGGUGAAAAUGGCGAUAGGCAACCGGAGAAAAUCAGCUGGAACUGUGGUACGACUGAUUGAUGGAGAUAGGGUUCUUCAUG